AUGCAGACUGGAGGAGCCAAGGAUCGAACCACCAACCUUCCGAUUAAUAGGUGACCUGCUCUACCUCCUGAGCUACAGCCACCCCACCCCAUUUAUGAACAGUAGUCUACAGACAUCUUCACAGAACACAGUGACGCUUGACUUUUGAGAAAAGUUAAAGAUGUGACCAUCAGUAUGUACAAAGAUACUGAGUCAUUAUUAAAAUUUGUGCAGUAAAGACUCCAGUUCUUGUUCCUGUAAUUCUAGCAGGUUGACAAAAUUGCAUUCCCCAGCACAAAAAAAGGUAAUGGGAGAAAACCCUCUCAAUGACUUGGUGUCAAACAGCAACACCAGAGCAUUAAUAUCUACUGAUAUCUAGAAUUAUGGCAUCUAUAAAUAUCUAAAAACUUUCAGAACGGAAGUUGAGGGAGACUUGCAUUACUAUUAUAGCUGUUAUGGUUAAAAUCCCUAGCCCUUUUCUUCUUGAAAAUGAACAUGAAAGAUAUGCUAGCAAUGGAAAUAAGAUCCAACAUGGGCCGCAAACUGUUUUUACUUUUUGAGAUAAGAUUAUCUGUUGAUAAAAGUUUGCCUGUUGAACUAUUUAUUGGAAUAUUUUAAAGCAGUGAGGACUUCAGUUAGCAUUUAAUAUUAUCUGACCUUUUCCAAAUUUGAGGGUCAUUCUAGAGAUAUGGUUUCAUUUUAUAUGUUCAGGUUUAUCCCGUAUUUGAAAUUUUUCUGAGUUAACAUUUUAAAUGUCUAGUUAUUUCCUGCAGCGCCAUUUUAAUUUAUGAAAAUGCACAAAUUACUGCUUGAUGAGGCCUCAUGUACAAAGGUAUUAGAUAAUAUCACGGUACAUUGUUGUCACAAGACCAUAGGAUGUCAACACUUCAGUUUUCUCAUCCUGACUGAAUAAGGUAAAAAUAUGUUGCUGUGAAAAUAUGUGUUUAGACUGUUGUGUAGCAACAUUCACAGACGUCAGCAGCUUCACUGCUGAGGGCCCGUGUUGGACUAAACCCCCUUUAUUAUAGGUCUUUGUGCUGGUUCUGCAAUUACAUUCACAGUGUUACUUGGAGAGUGAAUCAGUUAGGCAGUGUGGUUAACAAGCUAUUUAUUAUAUACACUGACAAUUCUUGUGUAUUUACAUGGGAAAAUCUGAUUGUGCAAAGCCAGAUAAAAUAUAGUGAAAAAUAUCUCUGACCCUUCACUACCUCUGAAAUUUUGACCAGCAAUAAUAGAAAUCACAUAAAUAUAAGAAUGAGAGAACGAGAGCAAGGGGGAGGAUGCCGUUUAUGGUUGCUUUAUGAGCAGCCAUGUGCAAUUGAGGUCAUUAAUAAACCAGUCAGUUGUGUUCAGUUAAUUUGUGAUAAGAAUCAUCUUAACACCAGCUGACUUUGACUAUUUAACACUGUAGUUUAUUUUACCGAGUUGUACACUAGCUGGUAUGCUACAACUAGGGCACUGCAUGAAGCUACUGAUGUGACGUCUUAGAUAGUUAUUUCUGAACUUGUGCAAUGACAAACAUCCUUUUUUAGAACUGCACCGUUGUUACAUUUGACAAAAAAAUCCAAGUAUUACUGAAAUACUAUUAGCGCAAUCAAGUACAAUCAAUUCAGUCAAAUCAGUUGGCAAAAAGCACUUUGUCUCUGAGUGGACAACUUUAACCAAGUUGAAUUAAGAAAAAAACUGGAAAGUGCCAUUCCUACUGUUUUUACUCCAUUUGCCAAUAAGUUAUCAUUCCGGGGGGUUGGCUGAAUCCAGUUUUCAGUUAUAAACAGUAUGUUUGCAUAAUGACUGAAAUGAGUUCCGUUGCCUAACAAUGAGCGGUGAGGUCAGUUUCUUGAUCAUUAUCAUGCAAAUUAACAUGAUUGAUAUCCAUGAGCGUUAUUCACAACGGUUUGCAGAAGCGCUACGAAAGCAUCAACCACUGCAGACGUACUCCCAUGCAGUCCAACAUCCCAAUGCAUUUCUGGAUGUGGCUGUUAUAUCCGUCUGAUUGGUAUCCCAAUUGGUUGACAAGUGGGCGAUAGCCCACCGUGAAAAAAAACAUUCACGAUUACAAAACACAAUUUGAAAACCAAAGAUAGUGACUGUAGUGCACACUUCAUAGUUUUUAACACUAUGUUUCACUUUGUUUCUCAUUGUAUGUUAUAACUUCACAUGCCUUACAUGCUGGCUUAUGGUCCAACAACUGAAAGUAGAGGGGCCAAGAAACUAGUUGUACCAGAUACGACGUAUGCUGCCUGCAUCAACAACACAGCCUUCUUCCCACUGAACCAUAAAUUCCCAUUAAGUGUAUGGCAAAACACAGAAGAGCUACCUGGUCAGACCAGAACUCUGACCCACUUCAGUCUUUUACUUUCUCUUUCAGUGAUGAGAAAGUGUGCACAUUUUGGAAAGGAACCAUCAUUUAACAGUGGAGUCAACAAGGCCAUAGAUGUACCCCCUCAGGGGGAGGGGUACAUCUAUCACAAUUUUACAAUGCAGUGAUUUCAGCUAUUCCCCAAUUCAGCAAAAAGUUCACAUGUGUAAAAGCCAUACGCUCACGCCCUCUUCGCAAACAAAUCCAAAAUAAAUAUAGAAAACAAUAGAUGAGUAGCUGUAUAAGAACGUGUGCAAAAUCCACGUGGUGGUGACGCCUAACCCUUUUCUGAAAGACGCACAACUAAGGAGAAGUAAACCGUGAACAUGAGGGAACCACCAUUUAGGUCACCGUGAGAGUCAGUUCGAGCCCAAAUGUUAAAGCUGGAAUCUUUGUAACUCGGUGUCAUGUGGCCUGAGGACAUUCAGACAUUAAAGUAAAUGGAGAAGUCGUGGGAGGGCAGUUGAACUAACUGGAAAUUUUGAGUAGACAAAAGAGAAGUAGCACGUUAAACUUUUUGGAAGUGAUAGUUGACAUAGCUUGAACCAAUACCGGUUGGUUACAGCUUGCAACCAAAGAAGCAGAACUUUUUCUUUACACAGGAGAGAGAUAUCAGUAACAGAGCAACCACACUGGACUUUAGAUCAUGAGGAAAGGAACCAGUUUGAAGGACAAGUGAAAGAAAGAAAGGAAAGAGGAUGAAGAGAAUAUUAUUAGAUGGGGCAUAUAUUGUUUGUGUUCAGCUGAAAUAAGCAGUAGUCAAGAUGUUUGUGAACUUCCGUCGAAUCCACAAGUGCCAGUGUUUGCAACUGCUGACCACAGGUGUUUUGCUUUGUAUGUUGAUGGUUUACUGGGAAGAGCUAGACCAUCAUGUGGUCAGCCACGUGAGAUCCUUCACCUACCGGUACAUGAUCAAUAGCUACGAUUUUCUCAAUUCUUCUUUUGCUAUCAACUCCAAUCAUCAUUACAGAAAAGGUGGUUCUAACAGGGUAUUUGGAGGAUUUGUGAACUAUUCAUACCUCAUCAACCACCCAGAGAAAUGCAAAGGUGAAAACGGGAAGAGUUCAAAUGAUGUUUUUCUGCUGUUAUUUGUAAAAUCGUCACCAGAGAACUUUGAGCGGCGCCAAGCCAUCAGGGACACAUGGGGAAACGAGAGCUUUGUUUGGGCAGAACUGGGGGUGAAUAUGAGGUUGGUGUUCGCCAUCGGCACUCAUCCGUAUGUCGAACAGAGAUAUAAGGUCCAAACUGCGCUGCUGAAGGAGGACAAGGUCUAUGGAGAUCUGAUCCAGCAGAACUUUGUAGACACAUUUUACAACCUGACUACCAAACUGAUCCUGCAGUUCCACUGGAGACACAUGUAUUGCCCUCAGGCACGCUUCGUCAUGUCUGGGGAUGAUGACAUCUUUGUCCAUAUGCCUAAUUUGGUAAAGUAUUUACAGGAUAUUCUCAGGAGCCAAUCAGGAGCUAAAGACCUAUGGGUGGGGCAUGUCCACAGGGGAUCUCCUCCAGUUCGCUAUAAAUACAGCAAAUACCACAUUCCCUAUGAUCUGUAUCCCUGGCCAUCCUACCCAGACUACACUGCUGGAGCAGGGUAUGUGGUUUCAGGGGAUGUAGCUGCUAAAAUUUACCAGGCGACUCUGCUGCUGAACUCCUCUAUGUACAUUGAUGAUGUCUUUAUGGGAAUCUGUGCCAAGGCCAUGGGGGUCUCUCCCCAGGAGCAUGUUUACUUUUCAGGGGAGGGCAAGGCUCCUUACCACACCUGCAUUUAUGACCACAUGAUCACAUCACACGAUCAUAUCUCUGACGUGCGCUCACUGUGGCGGUCAGCAACAGAAUCUAGAGAGAACAGCAGCACCAGAGGAAUAAUAGGUAACCUUUAUUGCACAGCAGUGAGAGUGAUGCUGCUAUGUCUGCCACAUUAUCAGAACACUUACUCCUGUAGUGCUGCUUUUACAUGAAUACUCAUUAUGGGUCUCAAAGACUGUUAUAAACAAUAUUACCUAACAGCACUAGUCUGACAUAUUUCACCUUUUGCUGUUGUGUGCUAUCUUGUAAUGAAAUAAAAGCAGAUCUAUUAAGAAAAUAAAUGCAUUCAAAAUUAAUGUCCAGAUGCAUCAGGCUUCACUGAUGUGCAGCUUCCAUUUACAUGCAGGGUUUCUGUCUCUGUAUAAAGUGUAUAAAGAUGAGCGGUUUACAGUAGUCAGCUGCUAAAUAGGUUUAUAUAUGUACAUAUAUGAAUUAUUUAAAUAAUUAAAUUUAUUAAGGGAAAAGAUGUUUUGUUACUUUUUGAAAUCUUUUAUCCUACUUUGUUAGAUUCCAUUUAAGUGAUUUCUUGAUUCCAGUUGUAAUUAGGCCUGGGUGUGAUUAGUGCAACUGAGCUCAGCUUUCCAAAACAUGUGAUUAAUUGCAAUUCACAUAGGGCCGUUAAUGUCCCUUAAUAAAUAAAACCAUCAUUAAAAAACACACACACAUUUUUUAUUUACUCAAGGUAUCUUUGUCUAAUAUUAAAUAUUAAAAUGUAUUUGAUGAUGUGAAACAUGUAAGUGUGACAAAUAUGCCAAAAAAGGAAUUUGGGAAGGGGCAACAUACUUUGACACAGGACUGAAUAUAUACACAUAUACAUAUUUCUUUCAUUCAUAUUUUGGAUUUAUGCGUUCCCUUAAUUUUUUUUAUGUUACCUUCUCCAGUAGUUUAGUAAAGCACUUAUCAACGAAAUAACUUUUCCUUUUGUCUACUCCAUAUAUUAGUGGUAGCAAACAUCAAAAUUGUUGAUUCAAGUAGUCUUGGAUUAUUCUUCUGUGUUGGGGCAAUUGCUUGUUUUGCUUUUAAAUUAUUUAUAGAUAAGACAAGGGUAUCAGGAUAACUCUGAAAUUUAAAGCCCGACAUAUUAACGAUGCAGCUGCCAAGUGAGAGGAAACUGGACCAACUUGAUUUUUGUUGGAAAACAUUGUUUUUUUGUGAUGCUGUGAUUAUAACUUUGAUGCAUAUGUAUAAUUAUUCACUGUCAUAGAGCCAAUCAAAUGUUUUACACACUAGGGUCUGCCAGAUUGUGCUAAAUUAUGACUAACUUGUGUAGCCUGCAUUUUCAGUGUAAGCCACGUCAGGACUUCUGCUAAGCUAUAUUUUUGCCUUCUUAACCGCAUUCCUUCUUUCACUCUUAAUAACUUCAUUUCACUCACCUGACCUCCUGCAUAUUGUUAAACUGUGUAUUCUAUAAAAUAUGCUCUAGUGAAACUGUAAUGUCUAAAGAUUAAGUUAGUUUAAUUUAUUGAUCACUCUGUUUAGUUUAGUCAGCUAAACUCGUGAAGCUUUUCAUGUGUAACUGUCAGAAGCCAAAAUAAAUAGCCAAUCCAUAAUGUGUUUAAAUUUUGGACAGAUUUAUGAGCAAGGCUCUGAUUUUUGAAUAGCAAUUACCUCAUUUUCUUUCUGAUGUUAUUUUCGAUUUACAAGUGUGGUUAAAAUGAUUUACCUGUUGAAAUGUUUACUUGUGGUUCAAUCUGCAGGUUUCACAAUAUCUCAAAAUCUACAGAUUGCAUAGUUUUAUGGUGUCUUAAAGCUGUUCAGACACGUUUAGAUAGUUAAGCAACACCUUAACAAAACAUCCAUCCAACCAUUUUUUAAGCCCUUAUGCAAUUUAUAGUUGCUGUACUUAUUCCUGCUAUCAAUACCAUGAUCUAUCACAGGGCUACCAAAGCCAAACAUUUACCUACAAUCUCUCAAUGCCUUUUUUGUAUGUGGAGUAAGUCUAUUUGAUUACAUGCACACUGAAAAAUGAAGCUAAGAUGGUACAUAAAUAGAGUGACGUCUAAGUGUCCGCUCCGAGCAUUAGUCUUUGACACCUCAGGAGUGAGAUUGAAAAACAGUCUGCAGUAAACCUGUUUCCGAUAUACUGACCCCAAACUGACUUUUCUGUGCAGAGUACAUUAUUCCAAAGUGCCUAGUCUUUACUUGUGCAUUCAAUGCCAAACCUUUGACAUGAAUUUUGGACAACAAAGGGUGUUUUAGUUUAAGUUAUUUCUGGUUGGAAUUACACAUUGAUGAUUCUAAUCCCAGCCAAAAAUUAUGAAACUUGUCAUUAUAAUUUCAUGGAUUUCAUAGUGUGAUAAAAGGAGAGAAGCCAUUUUUUCUAUGAGACUGUUCUAGCUUAUUUAUUUAAAUUCUGAAAGUGAAUGCUGUUGUAAUUUUUGUGUGACAUUUCUGUGAAUGUAUCAACUUUGUUAACAGAAUUUUUGUUUUAAUAAAAAAAAACAUUAGUUUAGAAUCAGUUUCACAUAGGAUCUACUUAUUGUUUUACUUGAAUCUCAAUAUUGUAUCUACUCAAGAAAUUAAAUAAAAUCCAACACCAACAAGA